AUGAGGGCCCUGAGCCAGAACCCCACCAAUGCUGAGGUACUUGAGAUCUUAGGGAAUUCCAAGAGUAAUGAGAUUAAUAUGAGGAUGCUGGACUUUGAACACUUUCUGCCGAUGCUACAGACUGUAGCAAAGAAUAAGGACCAGGGCACAUAUGAGGACUACAUAGAGGGGCUUCGGGUAUUUGAUAAGGAAGGGAAUGGCACAAUCCUGGGGGCUGAAAUAUGCUAUGUCCUCAUCACUUUGGGUGAGAAGAUGACAGAGGAAGAGGUAGAAGUGUUGCUGGCAGGACAUGAGGACAACAAUGGUUCUAUCAGUUAUGAAGAGCUAGUCUUGACAGUGCUGAAUGGCUGA